AUGCCCGUAACCCAGCGUGCCCAUGCGAUGCAGCUCCAGGCCGUGUUCCUGUUCCUCUUUAUGUUGCCCCUGGUGGUGGGGCAAUGCCAGGCUCUCGACUCCAGCCUCGGCAGUUCGGUUGAAGACAAGGCUUUGGUUCAAUUACGUGUAAAUCUGCCUGGCACCGAAGACUUCUUGGAUCCGGUCAAUGAAGCGUUUCUCCACCUCGAACUUUUGGCCACCAAGCAGAGCAUGCACAACAAUGGUUUCUGGAGUUGCAUAACGGGCACGGACGACAAGACCUGUCCCGGCAGGAAACCCACCAUGUGGUUCACGAUGCUGAGUGCCACUAUUCCCCAGAAGCUCCCCGCAAAGAGUGGUCCGCUUGGCCUGCUCGCCCUUACAAAUACCUGGUGGGCCAAUGUGCCUUCCCGGGGAAACAUGUACUGGCAUGAAGCUUCGACCUGCGGCAACGUCGGCCUGAAGAAUCCGAAGUUUGCCAGCCACCAGGCUUUCCGAGAGUCACUGCUCAGGAUUCUGAACGAAAGCGCAAGGGUGAAGCGAGAGUGCCCAGCCCCCGCUGGCAAAUGCCCGACGUGGUACAACUACAACUGCGGUAAUGAGUCCGGUGUGAAAGAGCAGGUGAUGCCGGCUCAGCGGGCUUGGGAAGAGCACAUGGAGUUUCGCGCAGUUGUCGGGCCCCUCACGAAAGGAUCUUCUGGCCUUCAGGAUGCCCUCAAGUGGCAGGAUGAUCAAAUGUGGGCAGGAAAGCAGGAGUUGCCAGUGGAGCCUUUCGUGGGCGCAUUUUAUGACUUCGAUGUCCAGCCAAGGGGGUUUGUCCCGCUAGACAAGCUUCCUAUUGGCGGCGAACACAAGCUCAGCCAGCAGCAUUUUUUGAACUUAUGCUGCACCAUGUUAAUGACCUCGAACUCGGACGUUGACCAAAAGACGUAUCCACUCUACUUCCACUGGUACACGAAGCUUCCAGCAGGUGCACCCAAGGCUACCUUCGACAUGGUUGGUACAGAGGCCGUUUGGAGCUGGCUGGCUAAGAGCAACAAGGACCUGCUACACUGCAGUCGCCUGAAGUGCCAGUCCGAAACCAAGACUCCGGACUCCUCGACGCAGUGCGAUGCCCCAUUGAAGGUUUCGAUCAAAGACGUGACCGGAGAAAUGGAGGCAAUUGCAGCCUGUGACGCGGACUUUGCGACCAAACAGCUCACGGACAUCUUGCAGACUAAGAAGUUGCUAGAGAAGGGUGAAGAGUGCACUCUGAACUGCGAUGGGUCGCAAGCGGACACCGAACCGUGCUGCUGCAGCUUCUAUCAGAGCGGCGCGAAGACGGCCAGCCCGGUGUUUCCCUCCAAGGUUUCCAAGCUCAACACCUCGGACCUUGAGACCGAGCUGCGUUUCGAGCUGCUCAGCGAGCAGGGUAUGGACAAGGACCUUGUGGCUGCCUCCAGACAGGCGGGCUUCUCAAGUGCCACCGAUCGACAAGCCUUCAAUGCGCAACUUCACGACAAGGGCAUAUUCAGUGCUUCGCAGCUGAGCUCCCUGAGGGAUCAGGACCUGAACCUUCCGAAUGACCGGAUGGUGAGAAAUCGGUUCCACGAAAUCCAGGCUGGGCAGGAAGCCCUCCGCCUCGGAGCAGGCGGCACAAGUUGGGCCGGCAAUGAAGAAAUGCGCAGGCAGCUUCAACAGCAAGUGGCACAAGACCUCGAAAGGACGCAGAACCUGCUCAAAUCAGCCAUGGCCGAUGCCCAAAAUGCAGUCAAUCAAGGCUCUCAGGAGUUGCAAAGCAAAGCGCAGGAGGAGCUGCGGAAAGCCAAGGCAGAAUUGGCGCAGGUCCAAACACGGGAACUUGAUCUGGACACCACGCAGGGCAGCAAUCGUCUCCAAUCGCUGAUGGCUUCAGGUGGUUUUGUGAACGGACGAAAGCUGCCGCUGACGGCGCUUGUUUCCUAUGCUGGCAUGAUGCGUGGCGUCAGGAUUGGUGGCGACGACGACGACAUAUCUCCAAAUGCGCACAGUCAGGUGGUGCAGUGGACACCAGAGGCGGCAGCGCUGAAGGACAACGAGCUCUACGCGGCGAUUGCUAUCCAUCCCGAAACCAAUGCCGAAGAGGUUAAUAUGGAGAUGGAAACGGCCCAGGAUUCUGUCACUGCCGACAAGCGCUUCUCAGCUCUUGGACGCAGUGCCUUUGAACAGAGAGGAUCCAAUUGGGGAUUGGGUGGUGCCCUCGGCAAAGCUGGGUUGGGAAUAUCCUUUGGUGGUGGCAGAACCACCUCGAACUCCAAUGGCAGAUCCAAACAGCAGGAAGACCAAGAGACAAAAAGGCAGAGCUCCCAGAGCCAGAGCUUGUACAAGACGCGUUACUACUUGGAACCACGGCUGCGCCUUCAGCUAAAGCCUGGCAUGCUGACCCAAACUGCUGAGUUUGGAAAGGCGAUCGCACAGUUGCAAGAGCAACUUUGCCAGGCAAAGAAUGAAGAUAACCCAGACAAAGACGAGAUCUGCCGAAAAACAAAAGCCCCACUUAUCAACAUCACCACACCCACUCCAAGCAUCCGUGGCCAGCGGGUGCUUCAAGUGGUCUUCCUGGUCAUGAACAUCUCGCAUUUUGAUCUGGUCGACCUUCAGCCCGAGCUGGGAGCAGCCGCGCAAUCCCGCGUGGAGAGCACCCUCCGCAGGCAUUGCAAGGUUGAGCGAAAUGCGGAAUUCGACAUCGACGUCCAGCUGUCCAAGCCCGAUCGUUCCAGAGGAGUGGACAUCUCUCAACAUCUCCUGGACCGUGCCGAUGUCACGCAGAUUCUUGCCACCAUGAAAUUUGCCAAUGAGUCCGCACUCAGCGAGGCUUCAGCAAAUCUGAAGUGGGCAGAGUCCCACGGAUUCCUGGAGAUGGAUUGCUUGAGAGCGGUGAAGUAUACACCUCACAUGGCAAGUGCUGUUGUGGAUGGCGACAUCAACAGCAUUAGUAUCGAUGUCCACAAUUGGCCUUUGGCGGUAGUGGAGACCACGAUCCCGAAAGUGCAGGACACCGAGGAGGAGGACCAGGAGGGUGAGGGUGCCCCCAUCGACGCCGUGGACGAGGAGGACACUUGGGACGAGGAGGACACUUGGGACGAGGAGGAUGAGGAGGGCGAGGGUGCCACAACCGCAGCCCCGGGCGAGCUUCAGGACGCCGCGGACGAGGAGGGCGAGGGUGCCACAACCGCAGCCCCGGGCGAGCUUCAGGACGCCGCGGACGAGGAGGGCGAGGGUGCCACAACCGCAGCCCCGGGCGAGCUUAAGGACGCCGGGGACGAGGAGGGCGAGGGUACCCACAACGAAUCCUCGGGCGAGCUUCAGCUUGCGAUGGCUGGCGAGCCUUUGCAGUGGGCGCCGCAGCCGCCUUCCACUUCGCAGCUUCCAGUUCUGCCGCCUACCACUCGGCCGCCUUCCGGUCCGGAGCCUUCCGGUCCGGAGACGGAGCCUUCCACUUCCAGUCCCGAGCCUUCCACUUCCAAUCCGGAGACUUCCACUCCGCAGCCUUCCGCUCCGCCGCCUUCCCGUCAAGAGCUGUUGGAGCUUUUGCAAGAUGAUAUCGACAGCUUACUCUUCACCUUUGGUACUCACAUUUGCCCACAAGUGGUGCUUGGAGGCUGGUGGAAGCUCGCCGCAAGCUACCAGAGUAUAACCAACCAGACAGGGGUCGACAAAAGCACCGUGUUGUCAGUUGCCAUAGAGAAGGCCUCAGCUUCAGCAUGGAACUUUCACGGCGGAGUCAGCGCAGCUGGAACCUCUUCAAGGGGCGCGGGUGGCCAGGGUGGCCAGGUUGGCCAGGAAGGAGGGGCGGGCAGUUCUGGAGGGGCGGGCGGCAGCACGGUCAACGUUCAGACCAGCGCCGUAGGCGGUGCCCUUGAGGGCGACAUGGGCGGCAACAAAGCCACAAAGGACACCGAGACGACAAGUUCUGGUGAGAAGCACGUCAACAAGGAGGCCUACAAGAACGCAAGCAUCGAGGUGACACAAGAAUGGCGCGGAGGGGCUUCAGGCACAUCCCCGGCGGAUUGGCGGAGGAGCUUGGACGAGACCUUCAACUCGAACUGGCGGGUCAUCGACCGGGAGAUCCGCUCUUGCAUCGGCGUUUGGACUUGGGUUGACGACGAGGAGCUGCGAUCUUUAAUAUGCGAACGUUGGCUUGGGCUCUAUCACGAAGACCUGGGACUUUCGGAAGUCACGGACGAGGUUCGCGACAAUGUCUGUCAUCGAGCUGACGGUUUCCAUCGGAUGCACCGAAGCCUGCAGAUGAUUGAGAAGCAAUCUUGCUCUGGGAAGGGUUGCCAGGCUACCGCCAAUUGCUCUCACGGCUACCAGCUGGUCGACUGCCAAGGACAGGGCUCCUCCAUCGGAGUGGCUUUUACGGCGACAUCUUGCACAGGCAAGGCCCAUCACAACAUCGGGGCUACGGUGGAGGCACUGUGCUUUCGCUCAAAUCACACGGUCUUUGUGAGGAAGAGGAAUCUUCCGUCCGAACCCCGAACGCAGCGUAUGCGUGACCCUGUGGAAUGUCCUCCUGGGCUUUCUGCUCGUCUAUGUACUCAGCAAUGUGGGUUUCCUGGUCAGCUACAGUCAGGGAACAGAUGCACUGAGACUCGGGACGAGGCUCGCAUCCAACCCAUCGACGGCCAUUGCCCGUCAAUGUGUGAGAGCGACGAAUGUCCAGCCGUGACCCUUUCCGCUCUUUGCUACCCGGAGAACGUCCAGACCCGCGGAUUCAACAUGCCCAAUAUCUAA